CUCGGGGGGCCCCCAGAGCAGAGACCCACGGAGCCUGGCAAGAUGCUGUGGCUGUUACUUUUGGCUCUCUUCUUCUCGGGGACCUGCAGUGCGGGGACCCCAGGCUCCAUCCCUGAGAAGGAGCUUGUGGGCAUCAUCGGGGGCCACAGCGCCCCCCAGGGCAGGUGGCCGUGGCAGGUCAGCCUGAGAGUCUACGUUUACCACUGGGCCUCCUGGGUGCACAUCUGCGGGGGGUCCCUCAUCCACCCCCGGUGGGUGCUGACCGCCGCCCACUGCAUCUCCCGGAAGGACGCCGACCCGUCAGCCUACCGCAUCCACGCCGGGGACGUGUAUCUGUACGGGGGGAGGACGCUGCUGAACGUGAGCCGCGUCGUCGUGCACCCCGACUACGUGCUCGCCAGUCUGGGCGCGGACGUCGCCCUGCUCCAGCUGUCGAGCUCCGUGGAGGGCACCGCGAACGUCGCGCCCGUCAGGCUCCCGGGGGCCCCGCCGGAGGCCACCGCAGAGGCCACCGCAGAGGCCGAGUGCUGGGUGACCGGCUGGGGCGUCAUCAGCAUGCACCAGUCGCUGCCGCCGCCCUACCGCCUGCAGCAGGUGAGGGUGAGCGUGGUGGACAACGGCGUGUGUGACCAGCAGUACCACAAGGCCUCUGGAGGCCACGUGGCAGACCGGAAGAUCAUCCAGGACGACAUGCUGUGUGCGGGCAGCGAGGGCCGUGACUCCUGCUACGGCGACUCCGGAGGCCCUCUGGUCUGCAAGGCGAGGGGUGCUUGGCGCCUGGUGGGAGUGGUCAGCUGGGGCUACGGCUGUGCCCUGCGCGACAUCCCCGGGGUCUACGCUCGCGUCCAGACGUUCGUGCCCUGGAUCCAGCAGCAGAUCGGGAAGUGCCUCUGACCUGGGCCCGCUGGACCCCCCUGGCUCAGCCCCAGGAGCGACCUCUUCCUCCCCCCAGCGCCUGCUGCUUCAGCCGAGGCCCCCUGGCCCUGGGCUGGGCUCCACCUCCGCUCUGGCCUCCGCAGGGUCCAGGGCCUCCCUGACUGCUGGGGGAAUGAGCCGGAAGGUGCUAGGGAGGGGGGUGAGAGACCCUGGGGCAGAGGGUGCGUCACUGUGCUGUGUCACUCAGAUUAAAGAGCUUGAGGAAGGACCA